GAUGACAUAUUGUUGAUUGGAAAUGACGUGAAUUUUCUUAGCGAAAUAAAAGACUCAUUGAAGAAAAGUUUUUCAAUGAAAGACUUAGGCGAAGCGGCAUAUGUAUUAGGCAUCAGGAUCUAUAGAGAUAGAUCAAAACGCCUGAUAGCGCUUAGCCAAAGCACGUACAUUGACAAGGUGUUGAAAAGGUUCAACAUGGAGAACUCCAAGAAAGGCCUACUCCCCAUGUCACCUGGCACAGUGCUUUGCAAGAAUCAGAGUCCUCGGACUCUGGAUGAGCGAGUACAAAUGAAUGAUGUUCCAUAUGCCUCGGCAGUUGGUUCUAUUAUGUAUGCCAUGCUAUGUACAAGACCAGAUGUUUCCUAUGCGCUAAGUGUUAGCAGCCGGUACCAAAGUGAUCCAGGGUUGGAACACUGGGCCGCAGUCAAGGGUAUUCUUAAGUACCUCAGAAGGACCAAGGAUUUACUCCUUGUGUACGGAGGUGAUGAAGAGCUCAUUGUAAGUGGUUACACUGAUGCAGGCUUCAUGACUGACCCAGAUGACUUCAAAUCUCAAUCAGGCUACAUUUUCAUAUUGAACGGCGGCGCAGUUGAUUGGAAAAGUUCCAAACAAAAGACUGUGGCGGAUUCUACGACGGAGGCGGAAUAUGUUGCUGCUUCAGAAGCCUCCAAGGAGGCGGUAUGGAUCAAACAAUUUCUUGAAGACCUUGGUGUGGUUCCUAGUUCCCAGGACCCGGUGGAGAUCUAUUGUGAUAAUAGUGGCGCCGUGGCUCAGGCAAGGGAGCCAAGGCAACAACCACCGUCGCAAGGGAAGACCACCUCCCCGAGCUCGGGGGUCAGGCCCGACACUUGA